AUGAAUCCCGGUGGUGAAUCAAACUUCCAGACACUGGUACGGAGGCGUAAUCAUGUGGGACCUGUUUUUCAUCCAACCUUAAGGCGCACGCAGGAGGUAAUUCGACGGCCGGAAUGGGUACGGCGUGCUGGCGAGGCAGUUGCCCAUCGCGGAUCGGUUGGAAUUGUGGGUCUCUUUGCAUUGAUGUUUGCGAAUUGCUUUGGUGGCGGCUACGGCUUUGAAGACACAGUUGGCGCAGCGGGCCCGCUUGUGACACUUGUGGUGUGUCUUAUUUUGCCAUGGGUCUGGUCCCUGCCAACGGGUCUGGCGGUGGCGGAACUGUCCACAGCAGUGCCGAGCAACUCGGGUGUUCUCAUGUGGGUGAAUGCAGCCUUCCCACCUUAUGUCUCGUUCUUUUGCAUUAUCACGACAGUGUUCAUUACGUUUGUGGGCAAUGCAACAUAUCCCAGUCUUGCCUCUGCGUAUGUGACAGGACUUGUGUCUUUGAACAAGGGCGCAGAAAUUGGUGUGAAGAUUGGAGUUGUUGUCUUUUGUUGUGUUCUCAAUUGCUCAGGCAUUGAACUUGUCGGAUCGGCCUGCGUGGUGGUGUGUGUGGUCGCCAUGAUGCCAUUUUUGAUACUUUCAUUUCAGCAAAUAUUUACCCACGGCCUUGAUGGUCAGGCCAUUGCGCAUGUAAACGCGUCAAGUAUUGACUGGGCAUCAUUUCUAAGCAUGGUGACGUGGAACUACGCCAACAUUGAAAAUGCGGGGGCGAUGGUUGAAGAGGUAUCGAAUCCAAAAAAGACAUUCCCGAUCAUGAUGGUGCCGCUUAUGUUUUCUUCGUACAUUGCAUAUCUGCUUCCGAUGUUGGCUGGGGUCAGCGCGCUUGGUCCUCAUCAGAAUUGGGCCGACUGGCAAGCAGGGCGUUGGCCACAGAUCGCACACAUCAUUUCUGGAGAUUGGCUAAAGUACUAUCUCUUUUCCGGGUCCAUCGUGAGUGGGGUGGGUUUCACCCUGACGUCGAUGUGCUGUACAAGCCGCUUGUUGGCAGGCAUGGGCACGAUGGAGAUGUUUCCCAAGAGGAUCUCACGUAUCAUUGGGUAUUAUCACCCAACCAUUGGCACGCCGAUACCAGCAAUUGUGUUGAAUGCGACCGUGACGUUGAUUUUCUGUAUCUCCUUUGAUUUUGGUGAUGUUGUGGCGAUGUGUCAGUCACUUUACUGUCUGCGCAUGUUGCUGAUUUACGCCUCCCUUAUUAAACUGCGCAUUGACCACCCAGAUCUACCGCGGCCAUAUGCCUUGCCCUGCAACACUGUCGCUGCUGCACUCUGUCUCGUGCCAUCGGCAAUAUUUUGUUUUGCUGCCGCCAUCGUCUCUUCCAUGGUUUCCCUCGCGAUUGGAUUGUCGCUUGUCGCAUUCCUCAUUCUGGUGGGAAUCGGGUCGUACCUGUACUGCCGCUAUGUCGCCCGUAACGGCUUCCAGGGGGUGAUUGUUCAAUGCGAGACCUCGGAUGGCGAUGACAUCCCCGCUGAGGACGAUAGGGAGGGCCCCCCGCUGAGCCGGGGCGUCUUUUACAACGAUGGUUACGACGAACGGCAAGGCAAACUCAUUUUGGGCAUAUUUCCUACCGGUCAGUGCCCGUCGCCGAUUGGAAAUGGCUCCGGGACGGCGACGGAUGUCACUGGGGAGCCCGAGAAGACAUUUAGCGGCAGAGGCUUCGGCCGCACGUCCCCGACUGGCAUGAUGAGUUCAUUGGGCGCGCAACGUGAGAUGACGGGCCUCUACGAUCUCCCAACCACCAACGGCAACGAUGGCGAGAAGCCCGCCGAUCCAAAUGGAGAAGGCCGGGGCUUCACAAACAAAAACGCCGGCACCUCCUGCACUGAAGCAAAUGCCCACACGUAA